GUUUCGCUUUCGAUAUCCUGUUUCGCUUUAGUAAUGAUAUAAAUUGAUUGAUACACUUUUAAUUAAUAAUCAAACAGGUAUAUUAUGUACAUUAUACAACUAUUGAGUAAUUGUUGAAUACAGUAUGGAUACUUUAUAAGUAGGACUUGCUUAUAUGCCAAUUAAAAAUAAAGUACAACAUAUGUGGGAAACUCCUAUUUUUUUCCUUUUACUUAGAUAUUGACAUAACAGAACAGAAUUAAUGCAUGAGAUAUUUCGUCGUUAAACUAAAAAAAAUGGGGACAAAUGGAAGCAAGAAGGACCACGAGGAUAUUGCUAAAACAAACACAGCCGUCAACAGACCAAUAAGCUUCAUGGAUUUUAAUGAUAUUGGGUCACCUGUUGAUUCAAAUGCACCAACUGUAGAAGAGGCAAAAGAAGAACAAGAGGCGGACUUGAUAACCUCUGGGCUUCCUGAUGAAUUAAACCCUACCAAAUCUGAUGAACCGAAGUCUGAAACGGGAAAUAUCAACAUAAACGAACCAGAACCCGAAACUCAAUUACACUAUAAUACAGACAGAGAUUAUGAUUCCUAUGAGCGGCAUACUUUACGGGAAGAGCAUAAGGUGGAUUUGAAUGUUGCAUUUAGGGAAGAUACAUCUGAAAAUAAUAAUGAGAACAUUGAUGAUACAAUAAGUUCUCCGCACGAUGGUUAUGUAAAUAGUUAUGCCAUCUGUACAAGUGCCUUACCACUAAGUUUUGAUUCUGAGGGUGUUUUAAAAAGAAAAGUGACAAGGGGAGAUGAGGAUAACAGAACUGUGACGAUUUUGGACAUAGGUAGAAAGAAAGAGAAUAUGAUUCUACCUAAUGUCAUUUUCUUCCCAGAUAAAAGCAAAGGCGCAUCUCCAAAAAGAUAUGGGCCGAAACGUCUUGGUAAAAAAAAAGAGCACUUUAUGUCGCCAGAAGUGAUGGACAUCACCAGUGAAGUAGAUUCACUUUCAGACGGUAGCGUGGAUAUUGAACGUCCUGGCGAAUGUAGUUCACAUGCAGGUGAUGUUGUCACAAAUAAUGGUCAAUCAAGAUGUGAAGAUAAUGCUCCACUAUCAGCAAGUGAAAGUUGUGCUGAAUCUGACGAUGUUAAAGAUGAACUUGAGUUUACUGAAGAUCAUUUUGGAUUUUAUACCGGUUCUGUUGCGACAGGAAUUUCAGAGCAUUUCAAAAUAACAGACGAAGAAAAACAGUGUAGAGAAUCAGCUACAAAUGUUUCCGCUACAUUCCUUGAACCGCAAACGCCUAAUGAAUAUGCAAAUAUCAUUCAUUCAGUGUUUCCACAUCACAUGAAGCGUGAAGAAAACACUCAUAGUAGAACCUUUGACACUACAGAAAAAACACAAAUGAAAAUGUGUACUAGUUUAAAAAUAAAUAAAAAGAAGCCUAAGAGUUACGAACACGUUUCUACAAAUAACGAAGAAAUCAGUGUUGAGCGACAAGACAUGGAUUCUGAAAUUAUUGAAAUUUGUGAGAAUUGUCGAGAGUCGCGAGACAUAUGUGGCUGCUUAUUAUUCGGAAAGGUACACAUCUUUCAAUGCACAGAAAUGUUACGGAAGCCGCACCUGGCUUCGUUCAGAUACAGACAAAUGUUUGGUAAAGAAAUACCAUGGGACAUAAUAGUAAGCAAACAAGGGACAUUUGCCAAAUAUUUGGCAUCUGUUAAAACGCCAAUAGCCCAUGACAAUCGAUUAACAUAUAGGUUUCAAUUGCCUAUUGAUAAAGGGCUAAAGUUAAUUGGUUUUGAGGAAAGUAUCGAUACCAUUUGUACAGACUCGAUUGCUCGGAUUCAAAUGCCAUCUGAACUAGAUAAAUAUUAUGCAAAUGAAAUGAAUGACAAUGAUUUAAAUUCGAGCGAUGAUUGCGACGAGUCGCUUGAAGCUGACAGGAAAUUCGAGAAACUUAGUGAUGUUGUAGACAGCAACUCAACGUCGUUGCAUUCCGAAACUAGUUUAAUCGAAGGACAAUUUGAACUGAACGUUAAAGAAGUGGAUGUGUCUUAUAAGUGUGACUUUUUAGAAAAUUUGAUUGCAAAAUCGAAGACCAGCGAUUUUGCAAAACUAAAUGGAUGUGUUUUGGAUGCCAAGGAAUUUUGCUCCGUGGGUUCCAAGAAAAUGAAAUGCAUACCAUUACGAAUCGAGGACGAUGAUCGGCGUGCAGUUUGUUCGGCAUCGUUUCAUAUCAGAAAAGAACAAAUUCAGAACGAAAAUGAGUUGAGACAUCAAACCAGUCAACCUUUAACGAAUGGUGCUGAUUUGGCAUGUGGUCACACAUUUUCCGUCAAUGAGAAAAAUAAAAUUGACUUAUUAAAUACAUCAGUGUCACAAAGUUCAAAUGCAAACUCAACAGCAUUAUCGAAAAUUACCGUCGAAAAUGAUCUUGGUUUAGGUAAUGGUCAUGAAAUGGAAUCCAAAGAAAGACAAAUACAAGAAAAAGGAGAAUUUCGCAAAAUACAGAUUCCCUGUUUCAGUGAUGGAAAUGUUGUAUUCGGUGAAUUUGGUAAAGGAGAAACCAGUAAAAGAGAAAAUUUUAAGUCCGGAACAAGUUUUCUAACCGGAGCUUUAAACGGUGCCGGAAAUAUACAACUAGAUGUUGACAGUGGUAGAAAUAAAUGCAGCGAUGAAGUCAUAGGUGAACAACAUUUUGGAAAUUGCAUUUCUGAAGUACAGAUUCAGAACACACAUGACACUUAUAACAAAGCUAUGGAAGAUAAGAUCGAUUUAACUUGUGAGAAAGUUCUAGAUAGCAAUCGUGAAUCUGGAAGUGAUGACGAUUUGCAAAUUGAUCCAAAGCCAUCGCACUUUGGACAUGAUUCAACUUCAAGUUUACAGGUACAUGCUCGAAACUUGGUAUCCGACACAAACCCCGACGCAAUUUAUCUCAAAAGAACCACGCCUGCGUCGGAGGACGACAACAGAUUAAAAGUAAUGAAGGAAUUGGGAAAUCGUGCUAAGGAACAAGUACAAAAGACAAACACCAUUGUAUCAACAAACUCGGAAUCAAGGACGAGUGCACACCAAGGAUCUAAUCCGGUAACAGGUGUCACUUUAGGAGAUAGUCUUCAAGGUAUACAUGGGCAUACAGAAAGGCUUCUGCGUGGUCUUGGACUUCCUGGUAUCGAUUUGCCUUUUCUUCGUGUUCCGAACAACAGAUUGCACAAUGCAGAAAGUCAAGAUGUCGUUAGGGAUGGUGAACGUAUCUCAGACUUCGUUCGCAGCUUCUACGAGAUUGGUGAUCACGAUAUGCCUAGUGAUAGCGAUAGCAGCAUCAACAGCAGCAGAAGCUCCUCUCCUGUAAACGCAGAACUACCUGGAGAAAACAGUCGAAAUAAUGUUCUUAAUGCAAUGCUAAGUAGGGAAACAGCUGGUAAAGAUACUGAUUCUCAUGAAGCGGUAGGCGGAAAACUGCCACAGUCUGAAAUAAAGAGCUUUGUAGAGACCCCGGUAUCAAACACAGAUGCAAAAGAAAUAGACAUAUGUGAAACACAGCCUCCGACUCCAGAAUGCAAAGAGAACGACGUGCUCUGGCAGAAGUUUAUGCAGUUACAGCUACAAAAGUGUUUACAAAUAACUGAUUUACCGAGGAGCUUUAGGGCAACAGUGCUGUGUGUCGAUGCCUCACAUCAUAUGGCAGGGGAACCGUGGCGACAGGCGUUGGAUAGUCUCCAUCGUUAUUUAGAUUGUAUAGCAAGUGUUAAGCACAAACAUCAAAUAGAAGAAUACGUGGCACUUGUUGUUGUCGGCCAGGCAAUGGAGGUGAAAGUGCAUCUCACAACUGAUUAUUGUUGUGUUGAAAAGGCAAUCGAUACCAUCGAGCUUGGGGGACCGUGUUUAUUGUUGCCGGCACUGGCACUCUCCAUGUAUUGUCUAACUUCGUUUAAGUACAGAAACACUGAAUCUGCGCAUGGCGUUACCCUGGAUAAUCGAAUAAUUGUUAUUUCGUCUGGAAAGAUAGAUUUCCAUGAGUGGUAUGUGCCAAAUCCUUUGGGUGAACCAAAUGUGUCAAGUGAUAACAGAGAUAAUUCACCGGAAGAAAUCACUGAACCGCAUGAUGAUAGAAUAGAAAUAAAUUUGCAAAAAUGCGAUUCUGACACAAACAGUUUAAUAAACACCGACGUGUUGUUGGAAAGUUCAAAAACACUAUGUGAUCAUGUUCAUGUGAUUUUGGCCGAUUCAAGUAAAGCAGAACUUCAAAAUAACUCAGACGCUGGUUGCAAUUUAUCCUCGUCUCGAAAGCAAAUUGCAGAAAAUAAAAGCGAAGCGGUAAGUUUACUGGAAAAGGGGACGGAAUACGGGUCAGUUGUUAAAGAAUCAACAAUGCAGGGGCCUCAAGGGCAUGGAUUUGUGAUCUUGCCAGUUCGUGACCGUCAGACCAGUGAGGACGAACUUCCUUCUUUAAUCUCAAACACAGCAUCGUCGAUAUCUGGUUGGUCUUGGGAAGAUUGUGACACCGAACUGCACUUUGUUCCAAUUGGACAAGGGCCAAACAAGUUGUGUUUUGAUGCAAUCAAAUCCAAUUUCAACACAGAAAAAAUUAUCGUCCAGAUUCAAGAUGAAGGGAUUGAUCAACUUGCUAGAUCAACUCACAAUCUACAUAUUGUUGGGCAAGUUACAAAUCAGAUGUUCGCAGCAAAGAAAGAGUUCGAUCCCACUUUAUUCGCAGCAAUAGUUAAACACCUGUACCCGGAUAGAACCGACUCCGAUGUGGCGGAAAUGCUUAAAGUUGGUGAGCGCAGUUUUCUGGAGUGGGUGGCAAAGAACGCCGAGGAGAAAGAGCCGUGGUUCAGUUGGCGAUUUGAGAAAAGCAAUCUUCCAGAAGUAGGUGCGAGAGUCAUUGUUGGUCCGGACUUGGAGGAAGAAAGCAAGAUGAUACUUUCUGAGAAAGGAACGUGCGUCAAGCACACCAUUGCUGAAGAAAAAGUUCUCGUGUUCUGGGACAACGGGUGUUCAUCCUUUCACAAAAUAGGCUCAAAUGAGAAAUGCGAAGUCCUUCCGGAAGACACCCCACGUGAUUGUUGGCCAGGACUUCAAAUUAAACUCGGAUACUCUGUAAAACGAGGUCCUCAUUGGGAUUAUGGUAACCAAGACGGUGGCAAGGACAAGGUGGGUCGUGUGUCGUACGUUUUCAAAGACAAUACAGUAAUUGUGAGGUGGCCGAAUGGGACCAAUCAGUUGUACCGCUACAAAGCGAACGGAAUUCAAGACGUCGUUAUUUCUGAUCCCGAUGAUCCAUAUGGAACAAAGGAACAUACAGAGAAGAUGAAUGUAAGAAAUACGCUAGACCCGAAUGAAAAACGCUGGACUUUUCCAAUCACUAUCGACCAUGACAUCGGCGGGAGCUGUGAAAUGAACAAAUAAAUAAGUACACGAGUCAUAUCUUCAAGGAAACGCAAAUUUAAAAUAAUGUAUAGUGCAUAUUAAUCAACAACAAUCCCAUGGUGUAAAACUACUAAUGCAACUUGUGUUAUAGAUGAUCGUAUCUUUGAGUUUGUUUCACAAGUUCAUGCACAUACAGUUCGUCCGUGCGUUCAAAUAUUGACUCUAUAAAAGUUUGUAUUUUUCUGACGAGACGUUAUUUUUUAACCUUACAGUUGCCAGGAGUUGGUCAUUAAAGUGAUAUUAUGCGCAUUUAACAGUAUAUGCUAUGUUUAUAGGUGUCUAUCGCAACCGUUGUUUAUUAUGCUCUCCCAAAAUUUAUUUAUAAGCAUACAGUCGCCUCUUCGUCUGUCCGUCCGUGCACAAUUUUUAGUCCGGGCUAUUUCUCAGCAACUAAUGACCGGAAUUCAAUGAAACUUUAAGGGAAACUUCAAUACCAAGAGAUGUGCAUUUUAUCAGCGGGUUCUGGUCGGAUGAAUUUCCACAGAGUUAUGGCCCUUUGAAAUUUUCCAUUAACUGUACAUAUAGUGCAAUUCUUGUCCGGGCUAUUUCUCAGCAACUAAUGACCGGAAUUCAAUUCAACUUUAUGGGAAGCUUCACUACCAAAAUGAGAUGUGCAUAUUAUCAGCGGGUUCUGGUCGGAUGAUUUUUCACAGAGUUAUGGCCCUUUUAAAUUUUCUAUACAAAAAGUAUUGUCCCCCCAACUACUGUGCCCUCAAGAAGUUUCCUUUAAUCUGAAUAUAUAGUGCAAUACUGUGACAAAAAAAACUUUGGGGAGCAUCACCCGUCUCUGACGGUUUCUUGUUUUUGGUGUUUUCACUUCGUAUACACUUAUAUAUUUGUUAAUGCAGCAUCAACAUACUAAAACAAUAUCCCGGAAAGAGAAAAAUAAUGCAUUUGAAUAUCAACCGUACUUUCGUUUGACAACUGAUCAUGCAUGUACGAUGUGAAUCUAAAUUUAGUUUUAGUGUAGAUUCGUUCAUACGACACAAUUUUGUUUUACGGAUCAGUUUAAUUUCCUGCAACGAUAUAUAUUCAUACGACACACGAACACUAACUCCGAUCCUAAUAUAAAGGCAGUUCCGCUCGGCUUAGAGGACUGGGACAGUCAUGUAAAAUAUCGAAUAUAAUAUAUAUUGUUUAUAAACAACUGGUAGCAAGAUGAGUUGCAGAUAAUUGGUCAAAUACCACAUGUUAACUUACUCUUUUGACCUGUUUAUUCUUUUCAGCUCAAUUCAGCAGUGAAAAAUGCGCAUAAUAACACAUUGAAGUGGGACUGCAAGAUUUUGUUAAAUAUUUAUGAAUUUAUUAUAAAUGUGUAAAAAAACUUAUUAAACAUAUAUUUCAAUAUAAAUUAAAAUAAAAAUUAAGAAUACCGUGUGUCGAAAAUGCGAAAUAAGCCAGGUAUUAAAUUCUGAACUAAAAAAUGUAUGUGCAGUCGAAUUCGCCAGAAUGUAUUUCAUGCAUGUACGAUGUGAAUCAAAAUUUAGUUUUUUAUUCAUUUUACGGAUCAGUUUAAUUUCCUGCAACGAUAUCUGUUCAUACGACACACGAACACUAACUUCGAUCCUAAUAAAAAGACGAAUGCUUCGGUUAUUGGAGGAAAAUAUGUACGAAAUAUAUUUGUCACAAUCGGCUCGAGGCGCUAAUUUGUCUUUGCAGCAUUUUAUGAAAUUCGUGUUCAAUGUAUAAUUUUUCUUGCCUAUUUUGUGUUAUUGUAACAUAUUUUAAUCAAUAUAUUACAAUUUAACACAUAUAAAAAUUGUGCAGUCCAGCUUUAUAUGACCGUAAUUCAGCAAGAAGUUCAAUUUUAAUAUUGUAAAGAAAUUCAAAAUAAUAUGACUGGGACUACAGUGUAUAGUAUUCCAUUAGACACAGCGAAAAAAAAGCUAACACACAACAUUUGUUUUGAAAUGAUAACAUACAUAUAUACGUUUACCAGUAAAAUACUGACACUUCGUCCAACACGCUGCAAAAAUGUGAGAACAACAUAUUAUAAUUAUAUCGUAUAAGCGGGAAUAUAGAAUGUGGUAUUGCUUUGCAUCUGUCUGUCUGGACCAAAGACCGUUUUGUCCCCGCACAAUACCAAUACAACUCUUCGAUCAACGAUCAUGCAAAUUGGCAUGAUGGUUGCAGAGGAAUAAUAACGGCGCAAAUCGUUUUUGUGGUCACCAGGACUGAAGUUCAAAGAAACUGGUGGCGUGCAAUAAUAUGGCAUAUAGCAUUUGAACUGUCCGUCCGUCCGAAAACUUUAACAUUGGCCAUAACUUUUGCAAUAUUGAAGAUAGCAGCGAGACAUUUGAAAUGCGCGUGCAUCUCAUGAAGCUGCACAUUUUGAGUGGUGAAAGGUCAGGGUCAUUCUUUAAGGUCAAAGGUAAAAAAACAAACUCCAACUAUUAUAAGUUUUUUUUAUCGAGUGCACCGGGAUUGUCCCCCAUAUGGCCAUCGCCCCCAGAAAGACGUGUUAGUUGGUUACGGGGGAUAGUGCAAGAUACAGGAGACACCCCGUUCCAGAGGUCACCCUGGGUCUUUUAGUGCCCGGUGUAUAGCACCUAGUACACUGCACCUCGGUUUAACGUCUCAUGCGAAAGACGAGUUAGUAGGUUAGGUGCAGCGGGGGAACAAACUCCAAGGGAAGUAACAAGCUUUAAAAGGAGAUAAUUUCUAUCUUAUAUCAUUUGGCAGGUACAGAUUAUUUUCACAAGGGAAGUAAUAAAAGGAUAUAAUAUGAAAAAAACUUUAAAGGUCAAGGUCAUCCUUCAAGGUCAAAAGUCAAAAAAUGCAAUCCAAGGGAAGUAAUAAGCUAUAAAGAGGAGAUAAUUUCUAAACUUGCCAAAUGAUAUAUUGAAAUUAUAUUUCAAAGCGGCGCAAUAGGGAGCAUUGUGUUUCUGACAAACACAUGUCUUGUUAUUGUUAUUUUAAUUAACCAUAAUAUUUUUUGCUGAUGUCUUACUGCUAGAGAUUGAAAUCACAUAGUUUAAACUUCGUUGAUGGUGACAGGGGGUUGACAUAAGUCAUAAGGCAAUUUAUGAUGUUUGCUCCACUUAUAUCUAAAAAUGGGAAGUCGGUAAAUCGUUUCAAGUUAACAAUUUUAACUAUGCACAUGUUAUUUCCCGCUUUAUUAAAGAUGUUGAUUGAAUAUUUUAAUUUCCUUUGCAAAAUAUCUUGCUUCAUAUGUAACAUUAUCUUUCUACUUUAUAAACUGUUGUUUAAAUGAUCAAAAACUCAAUUAGGAAAAAAGUUUUGGGUUGACACCUUAGUAAAAUCAAACUGUGUAUGCCUUCAAGCAAAACACAUAAUAUAAGUGUAAUGGAAUAAUUCAUUGCUCAUAUUGAUUGUCUCCAUUUUGUAAGAAAAUAUAUUAAUGUAAAAUAUAUAUAAAGAGUAUUAUGUGAAUUAUGUGUAUUAUGUGAAAUUGGAAUAAGACAUCAACCUUGGAAUGGCUUUGUUUAGUGAUAUAUUCUUACAUUCUUAUAUUAUCUUAUACAUGUAUAUCUUGUUUGGUUCCAUUAAUUUCUUUGAAUUAUCAUUCAUAUUAUUUUGAUGUGCAUUGUUCUGAAGAAUGUGAUUAACUUAUUACUUAUAUAAAUAAACGUUGUUUGGCUCAGCCAUUGCGGUCAAACGAAAUUCUUGAUUAUUUUUUUUAGCAAAUUUGCACGUACUAUUAGUAUGUUAGUGAAUAAUCACUUUAAUAGCUUAUUUAGAAUUCCACAAACAACCAAUAUUCCACAUUCUUGCCAUGCAUGGUACAAAUCAAUAAUAUAAAUGUUAGUUUUGUAUAUCUAAUUAAUGUUUUUUAAAUGCAGCUUCGUUUUAUAAUUGUUCGUAUUAACUGUAUGUUAUAUAAUCAAACGAGUAUUGACCAGUAAAAGCUCAAAUAACAA